GUAACAGCUUUCUGAAAGUAAAUUGGGCGGUAGAAAGUUUGUGAAAAAGGAGUGAAAAGUUGUGUUACCGAAAAGUUGUGUUAUUGAAAAGUUGUGUUACUAAAUUAAAUCAACGAAAUCAUGGCGCAAUUUCAGCAUGGAUUAUGUGGUUGUUUUGAUGAUAUAGGUUUGUGUCUUAUAACAUAUUUUGUCCCAUGUUAUACAGCGGGCAAAAAUGCAGAGGCUAUGGGAGAGAAUUGUUUGUUAUACGGUAUCGCUGGAAUUACAUGUGUACUUCCCUUUACAAAUGGUAUGAUAAGACAAAAAGUCCGUGAAAAAUAUGGAAUUGAAGGAUCAUUUAUUAACGACAUAAUCUGCCAUUGGUGCUGUUCCUUAUGUGCCCUUGUCCAAGAUGCACAGGAAAUCAAAGCUCAUGGAGGCGGAGCACCAGGUGGUAUGGCAAUGGCAAGAGAAUAAUAUUCAGACAAAAAUAUAACAUUGGAAUUUUUUGCCCUGUAAAAACCUGUAAUAAGAUUGUAGUUUCUUCGUUUAUAAAGGGUUUGCAAGGCCUUACUCACAUGCCUAAUUCAAUUUAUGAAACUAACUCCUUCGUUAUUUCUAUCUAAAUAACAAAGAAGCUUUUGUGGCAUACUUGAUCGAAAUUAAUUUUUUUAAUUUUCACCUUGUAACCUUUUGUAAAAAUAUAUUUACGUCAUGUUUUGAGGAUUACAUUAGAAGUUGUACUUAUCUCAGGACUGUAUGUGUUCCUAUAAUACACAGGUUUACAAGAAAAAUACGUGCAUGAUUUUAAAA